AUGGUCGGCGAAGUGCAAUACUCAACCGACGACAAGACAGCCGCAAAAGUUCACCACAUCAGACCCCACAAGACAACAACCAACAGCAGCUCGACCCCCGACAUCAUCGCCGGCUACCAGGAAGGCGUAGGUCUUAACAAGACCUUUCUGCAAUAUAUCUGGGACGGCGCAACCGCGUCCACCAUCAGCGACGAAUGCAUAGCCGUAUACCGCUUCAUCGUCGAAAAUUACACGCCCGACCAUGAGAUCUGGUUGUUUGGAUUUAGUCGCGGCGCCUUCACCGUGCGUUGUGUAGCGGGCAUGAUAAACAACUGCGGCAUAAUAAAACGGCUCCCGUCAUACUCCGACGCAGAAGUCCAACGCCUCUGCUACGAAGUCUUCCGCACAUACCGCAGCAGCCUCCCUGUCGACGCCCCCAAAAGCGAGGAAUGCCAAAGAUGGAAAGGCCUCGGCGAUAGAGUGUGGCAGGUCAAACGGCCAAUCCGGUUCCUGGGUAUCAUAGAUACAGUCGGCGCACUUGGUAUCCCGCGCCUGAAUGCCGGAAUAGGAUUCGACUGGUCGCCCUUUGAGUUCUUCGAUCAAACCGUUUCAAGCGUCGUACAGCACGUGUACCACGCGCCCUGUCUGCACGACCGCCUUUGGAUCUUCCAGCCGUGCCUCGUGUACCCCAACGAAGACGACGAAGAGGAGAAGGACAGAGCCGUAGUAAACCAACGCUGGUUCCCAGGUACCCACUACGACGUCGGCCGCAUGACCUUCCGCUUCGUGCGGCAAAGCCCCGCAAACUGGAUCGAAGAUGCGCUGGGUUGGUUGCCAAAUCUCCUCUCGCGGACUAUCUAUCCGAAUGAAGUGCUCAGCGAUGCGGUGUUGCGGUGGUUAGUACAGGGGGUACGGGAUGUAGACAACGACUCUGCAACGCCGUUAAUGCCUAAUACCGAGCAACACAUCUCCACUCUCAGCACGCGGCUUGGCGAAUCUUCGUUAGCAUUGCCAGAAGAGCCUGCAGCACCGAGUGCACGCACAGGCUCCGGCGACAUCUACGGCGACGUCCUCGCCUACGCCCCCGGCGGCGUGCUGUUUAGCGCUAUACAACGGACCUCCCGUUCCAUCACUAGUGCUCUAAACAACAUCUUCCCCCAACUCGGCGACAACCUACAGGGGCUACUGGGUAUCAAGACGCUUGUUGGUAUUCUGACGGCAACGGCCGAUCGACGCAUACCGGGGACGCAGGCAGAUGUUUAUCCGUAUAUGGAGGAGGAGAGCGUGGUGGUUGAAGGGGGGAGGGAGGUUAGAUUUAAGGUGGAGGAGUUGGCUAGACUGAACGAGAAGAAUGAGAGGGGGGUGUUGAGGUAUCCGAGUCAGACGCUUGAGGCGUUUUUGUUGUGGAAGAGGGUUUUUGGGAGGGAGGAGGAUGAGUGA